GACAUGGCACAUUCAUAUGCUCCCGUGCCUGCCAAUGGAUAUACCGGACGACAACGGCUGAUGCAAGAACAAGGCAAGUCCCCUUCAUAAGGAGCGAUUGUCCCGCGUGAGCUCACGUAAACCAGCGCUUCAGAACCUGUCAUCAAGGCUUGAACAUGGAAUCGCCGACAUGAUGCUCAGUACUGGCAACGUGGAAGCAUAUCGCAGACGUCGUCACGUCAGGGCUGAAGCCGAAAGCUUAAAGCGUCAGGUGUUGGAGCAGGAGAGCCUUGCAGAAGAAUUCCGGUCAGCUGAACACUUAGACAAAGAAAAGAAAGAGGACCGACGUAAGCUAAACACUCUAAUCCAACAACGGGAACGUCGAGUAUCCGGGCCAUUGCAUGACGAUCAUAUUGAUGUCGAAAGCCAAUCAAGCGAAGAUUCAGACGAGCUGGAUAAUGAGAGACAAAGACUUGCAGCUGAGCGACGACGAAUGGAAGCUGAGCGACGACGGCUUGCGGCUGAAAGGUUAGCUCUGGAAAAUGAACGAAGAAGACUUCAGCAAGCGCAGCGUCCUCCUCUCAACCCACAUGAGACUUUUGGUAUGCAUGAGGAUCCGCUGCCCCACGGCCGGCCAAUACCAGGAAUCUAUAACGCCCCAAUACCGCCGCCAAUGGAGCAUUCCAGGUUGUUCGAGCCACGAAUUGAUAUCCUACCUCCACCGCCACCGCCACCACCUGUGGCGAACAAGCGUCGGCACGCGACGGCCCCCCCAAAUGAUACCCGAACAAGUAUACUCGAGCGGUCAGCAACACAAUCUGGUCCUAAGCGUACACAAUCGACGAACACACCCCACUACUACGUACGUGUGGCCGACGAGGUCACUCAAACCGUGCAUCCCCUGGUUGUACCGCUUAGGCACUCCGAUCCCACGAGCACAACAAGAAGACGUGAGAGUGGCUAUGUUCGGCGCCGAACGAGUCGGAGAGUGAGAUCCUGGCGCUUGGUCUGAGAAGUAACGACACUUUGAGCCUUUGCACCUUUUAGUCAAUUGUGAAUGCUCAAGCCAUGGAAGUAUCGCCAACGUGCCGAUGGUGUGUUGUGUGCCUACGCUGCGCCAGUUGCACCGUUCACGUGCCACACUCCCUUUGCACAGUGCUCAAGGUUCGACACUCCAGACUUCCCGUCGAGCAGGACCAAAGCUACACGACUGUCCUUGCCACAACGUUGUCCGCAGAGCACCCCCAAACUGCAUGCGAUGCCAUUACAACACCCAGCCACACCAUCACUAGCAGCAUAACAUCGGACCCUCCAGUCAUUGAAGCAGUCUCUGCAACUGACGCUGGGCUUUGCGAGCUUAUCAUUGGUGAGACAGUUCCGCCGCCGCCUCCUCAUACUCGGAGAUCUGUUAACCCAAGUUCAGGCGAUUCGCUCGCACUCUUAAGUAGCCCAACGAGCUCCGGGAUCACCGAAUGUACCCGCAACCGCAUCGAAGU